UACAUUUUAAUUCCACUUCGAAUAUAUUCUCCACCCAUGGCCAAUCAGGAGAUUACUUCCCCGUCAGACCUCCGGAUUCUAUCUCUCAAUUGCUGGGGCCUCAAAUUCAUCUCGAAGCUCCGUAAUGAGCGAUUGACGGAAAUCGGAAACCAAAUCGCCGCAGCAAAACCACCCCCAGAGAUCGUCGGGCUCCAGGAAUGUUGGACCAAGCAAGAUUAUGAGGCGAUAAGAGAAAAAACGAAACACCUGCUUCCGUACGGGAAAUUCUACUACAGUGGAAUCUUCGGUGGUGGACUCGUUAUUUUGUCAAAAUGGCCGAUUGAAGAAAGCAACAUGGUUCGAUACCCGCUCAAUGGACGUCCCGCUGCCUUUUACCGUGGCGAUUGGUUCGUGGGGAAAGGCGUAGCACAUGCUAGGAUACGCAUGGGUCCGAAGAAGAGCGAUAUCGCCGAAGUCUUUUGCACACAUCUACACGCCCCUUACGAAGCCGAACCGUUUGACUCGUACAUCUGCCACCGGACAGCUCAGGCAUGGGAGAUAACCAAACUCAUGCGCGGCGCAGCCGAACGCGGACAUCUCGUCAUCGGCCUGGGCGAUUUCAAUAUGAUUCCGCUUUCGCUCGCCCACCGUAUCAUCGAAACUCACUCGCCCGUGCAGGACGUAUGGCGCAUUCUCUAUCCUGGCUCGUCUGUGGGUGCCGCAAAGGACAAAGUAGAGCAAUUACGAGGCGUACCGAUGCCGAACGCUGAGUUCAAUUUGACCCAAAAUGGUGCCACGUGCGACAGCGCGCUCAACACCUGGCGAUGGAAUAAGGCGCAUAGCCAGCGUCUUGCCAAGGGUGAGAACGUGCAGAUUGCGACUACAGUAGACGACCCAAAUGCCAAACGGCUCGAUUACAUCUUCUUCAGCAGUGGCCAGCAUUAUGAUGCGGCGAGUGGUGAGCGGACCGCAGAAUGGACAUUGAAAGACACAAAUGUGGGCAUGACGAUGAGACAUCCUACUUUGCACUGCUCCCUUAGCGAUCAUUUCUCCGUAGAAGCCACACUGGUCCGCGACCUUAACGGACCUACAUCAGAUGUGAACACUGGCACUGCUGCUCCACCAGAUAGAUACCUCCCUAUUGAGACAUACGAUGAGAUACUGGCUACUAUAAAGAAGUACGACACUCGAGAACGUAUACAAAGGCGUUUACGACUUGGCCACUUCGGGUUCCAGCUUCUUUUCACUAUUGGUUGUCUCAUUGGCGUCUGGUGGUCACCAUAUAACUAUGUGUCGUUCAUCUUGAUGUUACUCAGCUCGCUGAGCUUGAGUGUUGGUGUUAUAGAUGGGCUGAUGGGUGGUCUGUUCGUUGGGAGCGAACUGAGAGCGCUGAAGGAGUUUCAGUGGGAAGUGGAGAAUACACGUUCAAGAGCUCUAGCGAAUGGAGUGAAAGAGGCAUAA